AUGGCAUCUGCUGCCAACAUCCCUCUCAUAGACAUCUCCGCCUCGGGUGAAGAAGCCCAGCUCAAGGUGGCCAAGGAGCUGGUCGAUGCGGCGGUUGAGCACGGUUUCGUGUACAUAAGAAAUACAGGCGCCGAUAUCCCAGCCGAUGCUGUAGAGCGCGCUUUUGGACUGGGCAAGAAGAUAUUUGACGCCCCUCUGGAGGAGAAGGAAAAAUGUAUCAUCCAGGAGAACAACCGCGGUUGGGGUGGUAUGAAGUAUGAGACAUUGGAUCCCAAGAACCAGAAGGUUGGGGAUCUCAAGGAGGCCUUCAACUUUGGUACCUUUGAAAAUGGCAAGGCCCAGCAGCCUAUUCCAGAGAGCGUGGCUCCGUAUGAAAGCCAAUACAGUGACUUCUAUGAACUCUGCUACAACCUCUCCCUCAAGAUAAACUACCUCCUCGGCAUCGGCCUAGAAGUCCAACCACCAACCUUCUUCCGCGACCGCCACCUCCGCGAGGGCGGGCCCAGCGGCAACAUCCUCCGCUUCCUGUACUACCCGCCACCCCAGUCCCUCGGCCAGGACGACGCAGCUGAGGACGUCCGCGCCGGCGCCCACUCUGACUACGGCAGCAUCACCCUCCUGUUCCGGCUGAAGGGCCAGGCCGGGCUGGAGGUCAACCUGCCGGACGGAUCGUGGGCGCCCGUGCCCGUCUCGCCACCCGGUACAGAGGACGACCCCAGCCCGCCCAUCCUCGUCAACAUCGGCGACCUGCUGAGCUACUGGACCAACGGCCUGCUGCGGUCGACGGUGCACCGUGUCGUGUUCCCCGGCGGGGACGGAAGGGGCCUGCUGAGUGGGGAAAGCGACUCCGAGCCGCGGUACAGCAUCGCCUUCUUCUGCCACCCCGUCGGGACCACGACGCUCGAGACUGUCCCGAGCUCGAGGGUCAGGGCCCACGAGCCCACGGAUGGCGCGGAGUGGGCGGCGCGAGGGGCGAACCCGGAUGUGGAGAGGAAGGCUAUCACUGCGGACGAGCAUUUGCAGAUGAGGCUCAGGGCGUCGUACUUGCAGAUGUAUGACAAGGAGAAGCAGUAG